AGCUUAUUCAAAGUACUCUGUGUUCACUUUCACGUUUUUUGCCAAGAUACCCCUUUGAUUCAUCCCAAGUCAUCCAAAAUGUACGCCCAACAAGUUCUCGUCACUUUCCUGAUGGCCACCAGCGCCACUCUCGCCAGCGCAAGAAGCAUCGAAAGACGUCAGCUUCUUGGAAACCUCGGCAGCCUCUCAUGCAACGUCGCACGACUCCAGAUCCUAGGCGCCCUCGGCAACACCGAAGACGCCGUCUCCCAAAUCACCGACACCACAGUUCAGGACGCUGCCAACGCUGGCCUCCAACAAGCACGAGGCGGCAUCUCACAAAUUGCAAAGUCCAUUGUCAGCGGCGAUGCACCACCCGCGGCCAGCCGUGACGAGGUUGCGGCUGGCCUGGCUGCGGCUGGCACCGCUCUUUCUGGUGGUGAUGCGAGCGACCAAGCUGUCGCUGAUGCGCAAGCGGGACUUGACAAGUCUGUCAAGGCUGGACAGGAUGUCGUUGCCAAUUGCUAG